AUGUCUCACAUAAAGGUUGCUUAUUUCACUUCGGUCAGUGUAUUUGGCGAAACAUUCAAAGUCAUGGACUACAAAACAACUUUUGUUCCUGUUUUAGAUGUGAUUAAAGCUUUCGAGCUUAUUAUUGACGAUUUUACCGACGAUGAUGCCGACGAAUUUCUCGAUUAUUUCGAAAAAACAUGGAUUGGAGAACGUAAAAGAAGAGGCACUGGUCGCAAAAGUCCACAAUUUCCAAUUGAGCUGUGGAAUGUCUAUGAUCGGGUAAGUGAAAAUCUUCCUCGUACUAACAAUUCUAUUGAAGGUUGGCACAAUGCAUUUGCUCAACGCGUUUCAAUUGCUCAUCCAACGAUUAACAAGUUAACUGAUAAGAUUCGAACUGAACAAUCUAAAUUCGAACUUGAUAUCGCGUUAAUUCGUCUAGGUCAACAACCAGAAGCGAAAAAAAAACAACUCUGCAACGAAUCGUCUGCGACGAAUUGUCCGACGACGAAUUGUCCAGUCACCGACAAAGUGUUAGUACGUGAUUUUAGAGCAUCCUCAACAAAAUCACAAUGGAAACCGGGAUCAUUAAUUCGCCGUCAAGGAUCUCGAUUAUGGUUAGAUGACAACAUGGAUGAUAUUGUUCCAUCGACUGGUGUAUCACAAGCAGUUACAUUGGAUGCAGAUGAAGAAUCAAAUCUGGUGUCUGUUUCAUCAACACCAACGACAACAGCUACCGCAUCGACAUCGUCGAGCCCUUCCUCGUCUGACCAGGAGUCUCCGAUGCUUCAGCGUACAACAAGAAUUCGGAAACUUCCACAGCGUCUUAUCGAAGAAAUUUAA